AUGAAGCUGACGCUUAAAGAGUUGAUCUCUAAACGGAAUGAAUAUAGGGAGAACUGCACCCGGAUUUUAGCAGAAAGCAUCUUCUCAGGAACUGGUGAGCAGUUUGUUUUUGGCCUUGGCCACUUCUACAAUUUAUAUUGUGAUUGUAUUGCAGCCAGACCGUCAGUGCUGCAAUUAAUCUGUAUGGAAAUUCAUGUACUUUUCUGUUUGCCUCUUACUCUGUCCUUGUUUGUCCUUUCAGGAUCCUACUGUAAAGGAACGGUUGAUCUAUUUGUGUGUUGGCCCCACUCAGCCCCUGGUAACGUGUCAGUGCCCUGUCCUUCCUACCUUCCCUGGAUCACAGAGGGUGAGUCUCCAGGAUUCAUAUCACACCUAUCCAUACACCGACGUUCCAUAUCCAUUGUGUCAUGUGAUGGCACAACAUGACAUAAUACCAUUUCGUAAUAGUGCCACGCCAAAGUAGAAGCACAGUUAAAGUAGAAGCACAGUUAAAGUAGAAGCACAGUUAAUGUAGAAGCACAGUUAAAGUAGAAGCACAGUUCAAUAUGCCUUCCAACACGGUUGGCACGCAAGCACAUCUCUCCAUAACCAAUCUAUUGGGUCCUCUUCUCUUCCUGACCCAGAUGACUCCAGGAGUGUGUACAGGCAGUGUCUGUCCAAUGGCAGCUGGCGACUCCAGGAUAAUUCUACGGAAGCCUGGCGGGACCAGAGAGAAUGCGUUGAGCCACAUUACUUUAAAGCUGAGGUGAGGGAAAGGCUGUGAGAGGAAACAAAGAGGACAGUGGCCUUUGCGUUUUUGGAAAAGGCCCUUGUAACUGAAAUGUCAACAAUAAAAUCAUAUCCCAGUUAAAAAAACAGAAUGUCCCAUUGAGGUCAAAGGUCACCUCUUUUCCUUUUGCUUUGUGUUAUCCAGGAGGAUGAGGUGUUUCGUCAAGGAGCCCUGAGGGUCAUCUCCAUCGUCGGCUACUCUCUGUCCCUCUCCUCCCUCUCUCUGGCCACUCUCCUCAUGGGCAUUCUCAGGUCAGCGUCAAGGGGUCAGCGUCAAGGGGUCAGCGUCAAGGGCUGAGAGGGUUAGGCGCAUGUUGAUGAUGAUUAUGAUGAAUUCUACUUUGGUAGGGCGAUGACACGAUUGCAAAUGAAUGACAUUCUCCUUAGUCAUGGCAUCGAUUCAAACCCACUGGUCAGUUUUCAAUGUCAGUAUAUAAUAUGUAACGGGUAUCAGGGGGCGGUAGAAUAACAAGAUUACAAAUGAUGUUGUCGAUAAACUAUAAACUACAUUACAACAACUACAUUGGAUCGCCUAUGCACUCAUCUUACUCGCAUAAUCACAAAAUAAAUGUCCGCGCUAAAUAGUCAGCGGUUGGUUUGAGUGGGCGGCAGGUAGCUUAGUGGUUAAGAGCGUUGUGCCAGUAACCGAAAGGUCGCUGGUUCUAAUCCCCGGGCUGACUAGGUGAAAAAUCUGUCGAUGUGCCCUUGAGCAAGGCGCUUAACCCUAAUUGCUCCUGUAAGUCGCUCUGGAUAAGAGCGUCUGCUAAAAAUGACUAAGAUGUAAGUCAAUGCCGACCUCUGUCUCUUCCAGGAAGCUCCACUGUACGAGGAACUACAUCCACAUGAAUCUGUUUGUGUCGUUCAUGAUGAGAGCCAUAUCCGUCUUCAUAAAGGAGAUUGUGCUACAUGUCAUGUACACCAAUCUACCCAGCGACGACUCCGGGUGGAACUCAUACUCCAGCUCAGUGGUAUUCAUCUCCUGUAGAGAACGUCAUAAACAUAAUGGCCUUCAGAAUACUUCUUUACUUAUGAUGUGAGAAAUCAGGGGCGCCCAGAACCAAAUCUCAUGUGUGCUCUCACGUUAACAUCUGUCACGAGAGACUAUGAUGUCAGAUACAUUUCUUCAGCAAGGAUAAUAAGGCAAUGUAAUGUACAUAUUUAAUAAGGCAGUGUAAUGUAUAUAUUUAAUAAGGCAGUGUAAUUUAUAUAUUUAAAAGGCAGUGUAAUGUAUAUAUUGAAUAAGACAGUGUAAUGUAUAUAUUUAAUAAGACAGUGUAAUGUAUAUAUGUAAUAAGGCAGUGUAAUGUAUAUAUUGAAUAAGGCAGUGUAAUGUAUAUAUGUAAUAAGGCUGUGUAAUGUAUAUAUUGAAUAAGACAGUGUAAUGUAUAUAUUAAUAAGGCAGUGUAAUGUAUAUAUUUAAUAAGGCAGUGUAAUGUAUAUAUUUAAAAAGGCAGUGUAAUUUCUAAUAUUGAACAGUCUCUCCUCUUCCUGUAGAUAGCGGUGGUAUGUAAGGCCUCCCGGAUGUCCAUGGAGUAUUUUGUAGCCUGUAACUACUUCUGGCUCCUGGUGGAAGCCAUCUUCCUCCACACUCUCCUCUUCACUGCCGUCCUCACCAAGAGACGCCUGCUCAAAAGAUACAUGCUCAUUGGCUGGGGUAAGGUUCUAAUGUUCUAAGGUCCCCGUGUAGCUCAGAUGGUAGAGCAUGGCGCUUGCAACGCAAGGGUUGUGGGUUCGUUUCCCACGGGGGGGCCAGUAUGAAAAAUGUAUGCACUCACUAACUGUAAGCCGCUCUGCUAAAUGACUAAAAUGUAAAAGAUACAUUCUGAUUGGUUGGGGUAAGGCUCUAAUGUUUCAAAGACAUGUCAUUGGCUAGGGUAAGGCUCUAACAAAAUACUCUUUGUUCUUCCUAAAGGUACUCCAUUCGUGUUUGUGGUGCCAUGGACAAUUACCAAAGUUUUAUUUGAAAAUGAAGGGUAAGUAUUUUGGGAGCAUUUCCACUCAUUUCAAGACUUCUGAUCAAAUUUCUGGCUUUUCGCAUUAAAGUAACCAAUCGGUAGUGAUAUGUGUAAUUACCCAAUACGUCUAUGGUAUAAGCUGAUACUGUAGGACUAAAUCUGGUUUGGAUAUCUUCUGUCCUAAGGUGCUGGGCCAAUAGGGAUGGAUGGAUCUGGUGGAUAAUAAGAAGCCCCAUCACUUUAUCUGUGUUGGUGAGUAGCAACCUACCAUGGCCAUGCACGGACCUUGGAGAGGCAGGUGCACGAAGUGAAAAAAAGCCCCCCCCCAAAAAAAAAUUAAUUUAAUUAAUUAAUUAAUUUUCUUACAUUCAUAGUUAAUUAUCUAAUGCUCUUGUAGCCAAAUGUGUGUUUAUAUACAGUACCAGUCAAAAGUUUGGGCACACCUACUCAUUCCAGGUUUUUUCUUUAUUUUUACUAUUUUCUACAUUGUAGAAUGAUAGUGAAGACAUCAAAACUAUGACAUAACACAUAUGGAAUCACGUAGUAACCAAAAAAGUGUUAAACAAAUCAAAAAUAUAUUUUAUAUUUGAGAUUCUUAAAAUAACCACCCUUUGCCUUGAUAAAAGCUUUGCACACUCUUGGCAUUCUCUCAACCAGCUUCAUCUGGAAUGUUUUUCCAACUUGUCUUGAAGGAGUUCCCACAUAUGCUGAGCACUUGUUGGCUGCUUUUCCUUCACUCUGUAGUCCAACUCAUACCAAACCAUCUCAAUUUGGUUGAGGUCGGGGGAUUGUGGAGGCCAGGUCAUCUGAUGCAGCACUCCAUCACUCUCCUUCUUGGUAAAAUAGCCCUUACACAGUCCUGGAGGUGUGAUGGGCCAUUGUCCUGUUGAAAAACAAAUGAUAGUCCCAAUAAGCCCAAACCAGAUGGGAUGGCGUAUCGCUGCAGAAUGCUGUGGUAGCCAUGCUGGUUAAGUGUGCCUUGAUUCUACAUAAAAAGUCCUACAAAGCACCCCCACACCUCCUCCUCAUCCUUCGUGGAAAUACCCAAGACAUUGUUCCAUGUGUCCGCGGUUGAAAAAAAUCUUCAAUUACUCCAGACCAAGGAUCGUUCUCAGUGUCUUUGUCCAUGCUUGGUUUUGAAGCAGUCCUUUAUUGUGUCCUUAUAGAAGGGGCUUCUCAGCAUAGACCCAUCACCAUAUACCCCCAUCCUCCUCUAAACGUUGGUGAAGAUUCACGACGUGAAGAUUUAUUCGGGCUUCAAUCCAGUGUCUCAAAAUUACCCUGCGCGGGAACCCAUCUUCAAUUUUGGACUCCUCAAAACCAGGAUUUCCACUUGGCUUGCAAUGCUGGUUUUUGCGCCCAAGAAACUUUCUUAUAUUGGUGUGUCCUUUGUAUGUGGCUUUCUUGCCAGAUUUGACUUGAAAGGCCUGAUCUUCACCACAUUUCCACGAACAUUGAUGGUCAAAUGCUUGUACUAAGAAAUUCCACAAAUUAACUUUUAAGAAGGCACACUUGUUAAUUGAAAUGCAUUCCAGGUGACUACCUCAUGAAGCUGGUUGAGGGAAUGCCAAGAGUGUGCAAAGUUGUCAUCAAGGCAAAAUGUGUCUAUUUGAAAAAUCUCAAAUAUAUAAUAUAUUUUCAUUUGCUUAACACUUUUUUGGUUACUACAUGAUUCCAUAUGUGUUAUUUCAUAGUUUUGAUGUCUUCACUAUUAUUCUACAAUGUAGAAAAUAGUAAAAAGAAAGAAAAACCCUUGAAUGAGUAGGUGUGUCCAAACUUUUGACUGGUAGUGAAUAUAUAUAUAUAUAUAUAUAUAUACACAGUGGGGGAAAAAAAGUAUUUAGUCAGCCACCAAUUGUGCAAGUUCUCCCACUUAAAAAGAUGAGAGAGGCCUGUAAUUUUCAUCAUAGGUACACGUCAACUAUGACAGACAAAAUGAGAAUUUUUUUUCCAGAAAAUCACAUUGUAGGAUUUUUUAUGAAUUUAUUUGCAAAGUAUGGUGGAAAAUAAGUAUUUGGUCAAUAACAAAAGUUUCUCAAUAAUUUGUUAUAUACCCUUUGUUGGCAAUGACACAGGUCAAACGUUUUCUGUAAGUCUUCACAAGGUUUUCACACACUGUUGCUGGUAUUUUGGCCCAUUCCUCCAUGCAGAUCUCCUCUAGAGCAGUGAUGUUUUGGGGCUGUCGCUGGGCAACACGGACUUUCAACUCCCUCCAAAGAUUUUCUAUGGGGUUGAGAUCUGGAGACUGGCUAGGCCACUCCAGGACCUUGAAAUGCUUCUUACGAAGCCACUCCUUCGUUGCCCGGGCGGUGUGUUUGGGAUCAUUGUCAUGCUGAAAGACCCAGCCACGUUUCAUCUUCAAUGCCCUUGCUGAUGGAAGGAGGUUUUCACUCAAAAUCUCACGUCCUGGUCCCUAUGCAGAAAAACAGCCACAAAGCAUGAUGUUUCCACCCCCAUGCUUCACAGUAGGUAUGGUGUUCUUUGGAUGCAACUCAGCAUUCUUUGUCCUCCAAACACGACGAGUUGAGUUUUUACCAAAAAGUUCUAUUUUGGUUUCAUCUGACUAUAUGACAUUCUCCCAAUCCUCUUCUGGAUCAUCCAAAUGCACUCUAGCAAACUUCAGACGGGCCUGGACAUGUACUGGCUUAAGCAGGGGGACACAUCUGGCACUGCAGGAUUUGAGUCCCUGGCGGAGUAGUGUGUUACUGAUGGUAGGCUUUGUUACUUUGGUCCCAGCUCUCUGCAGGUCAUUCACUAGGUCCCCCCGUGUGGUUCUGGGAUUUUUGCUCACCGUUCUUGUGAUCAUUUUGACCCCACGGGGUGAGAUCUUGCGUGGAGCCCCAGAUCGAGGGAGAUUAUCAGUGGUCUUGUAUGUCUUCCAUUUCCUAAUAAUUGCUCCCACAGUUGAUUUCUUCAAACCAAGCUGCUUACCUAUUGCAGAUUCAGUCUUCCCAGCCUGGUGCAGCAGUCUACAAUUUUGUUUCUGGUGUCCUUUGACAGCUCUUUGGUCUUGGCCAUAGUGGAGUUUGGAGUGUGACUGUUUGAGGUUGUGGACAGGUGUCUUUUAUACUGAUAACAAGUUCAAACAGGUGCCAUUAAUACAGGUAACGAGUGGAGGACAGAGGAGCCUCUUAAAGAAGAAGUUACAGGUCUGUGAGAGCCAGAAAUCUUGCUUGUUUGUAGGUGACCAAAUACUUAUUUUCCACCAUAAUUUGCAAAUAAAUUCAUUAAAAAUCCUACAAUGUAAUAUUCUGGAAAAAAUUUUUUCUCAAUUUGUCUGUCAUAGUUGACGUGUACCUAUGAUGAAAAUUACAGGCCUCUCUCAUCUUUUUAAGUGGGAGAACUUGCACAAUUGGUGGUUGACUAAAUACUUUUUUUCCCCCACUGUAUGUAUAUAAUAGUGUAUUUACUGAGUAUACAAAACAUUAAGAACAUCUGCUCUUUCCAUGACAUAGUCUGACCAGGUGAAAGCUAUGAUCCCUUAUUGAUGUCACUUGUUAAAUCCACUUCAAUCAGUUUAGAAGAAGGGGAGGAGACAGGUUAAAGAAGGACUUUUAAGCCUUGAGACAAUUGAGACUGUGGGAAGCAUUGGAGUCAACAUGGGCCAGCAUCCAUGUGGAACGCUUUCGACACCUUGUAGAGUCCAUGCCCCUACGAAUUGAGGCUGUUCUGAGCGCAACUCUAUAUUAGGAAGGUGUUCCUAAUGUUUGGUAUAUUCAGUGUAUUUAUUAUUAUUCAUUAUGAUUAUUAACAUAUAUAUUUUUUAGCAUAGGCCUUUAUUUUUAUGCAAAAUCCUACUGUAAGCAAGCUUUUAUAGCCUACUGCUCAAAGAGAGGUCAAAGAGGGGUGGGCUAUCAGCUGAUGAUAAAGACUGUAGAUUAUGUAAAUCUGAUUGUUUCAACAGGAUAGCUAACUAACUAGUCUUCACCUGUGUUGGAGUUUAUUCUGCUGCUGACAUCUGCCUCUUAGGCCUACUAACAUAGUCAAAUUGAAUCCUUCCCUGUUUCUGAUUGUGAGAUGACCCAUGCAACUCUUAAGGAAGCCACUUCGACUGUUUCGCCCAAGUAGCUUCUGCCUCCAGGACGAGUGUGGUGUACGGGCAGAGGAGCAGGGGAGGGGGAAUUUUCUAAGAAAAAAAAAAAAGAAGAGAAAUUAGUUUGCUGGGUUCAUUUAAAAGGUCAAGAGAGGAUAUAGAAGGUACUUUUCUCAUAGGAGGGCAAAAGGGCUAAGACCUCGAACACAACAGCCUGCAACCUACGCUAUUUAACCUAUAGCAACCUCUCUGCAGCCCCUGCAUCACCACUCAACUAAGGGCCCGAUUCAAUCAGAUCCACUUUAGCCGACAUCCGCAUAGCGGUUGUUAUGACGGUGUCGGAGGCGGAACUACAGUAUGUUAGAGUUGUCCAAUCCACAAUCGGCUCCCGGCAUUAUACCUAAAGCGGACAUUGGCAUUGGCUGCCCGGAGUCGCAUUAAGAGAAAUCCCAUGCAGCCUUGUUUACACGUUGGAACACUGGAAUGUGAGAUGUAAUCUACACUUUGAUUAGGAUGAUAGAAAUCCUCAUUAUUUCUAUAUAGCCUGCACUUUCUCGUUCUAAAUUUCUAACGCGAGUGGGACGGGUGUGACUUAGUGACAAUGAUCAAGAACAACUGCUCACCGAUUUGACAACUACAAUGCAGUUACACCUCCGGUUAACGCUUGAUCUGAUUGGCUUAAGACUGAUAUCUAAGAACGUGACACGAUUAUAAAUCCUCUAUCAAACCCUAUAGACCGAGAGUAUGUCAGAGUGCACAGACUAACACACUGGGGGCAUCAGCUCUCGUGAGCGUUCCAGUGAUUUCUCAGUGAUUUCACACUGAUUUUGGGAUGUCCGUAAGAUCAGUACUUGAGACCACGUGACAUAGAUGUCAGCCAGAGCAGUGGUUGUCAUAUGCAGUCAGAAGUAUAUCUAUAGGGCAGAAUGGUUAGGGUGCACUGCAGCCAAUAAGAUGGGGGUUUUUGCUUUUAAAAGACACAGUUUUGACACACCAGACAAAAAAAACCUAGACAUCUCUUACUGUUUUACAGAAAAACCUUUUGAUUGAUUUUGUGUUGCAGAUCAUUUUCUACAUUUUCAUCAAAAUACUACUGUUGCUGCUCUCAAAGUUAAAGGCAGACCAAGUGAGAUUUACAGACUACAGAUACAGGUACUGUUGCUCAAAAGGGUUACUCUGAUCUGUUACAGGAGUAAACCCCAGUGCUGUCUGAAUGCCAUAACGCCUCUCCUUUCCUCUAAGCUUGGCCAGGGCUACGCUAGUCCUGAUCCCUUUACUGGGAAUCCACGAGGUGGUUUUCACGUUCCUGGUGGACGAGUGCGUGGACGGAAGCAGCCGCUACGCCAGGAACUUCAUUAACCUCACCCUCAGCUCCUUCCAGGUAACAGUGGCCGCGUGUCACAACAGGAACAUAACAAUGUUUUAUUAUGUUUCGGUUGAUUUAUGUUCCUGUUGAGAAAAUAAAAUAACCCCCCCCCCCCCCCCCCCCCGAUCCCAUUGAGAACUACAUUUAGCGGGAGAAAUUAGUCCUGAUAAAAAUGCAAUGGAAAAUGAGCCGGUAGAGUAAUGCCAAUGUUUAUCAUCCUGAAUACAAUCAUUAUCAUACCUCUCUCUCAGGGAUUCUUGGUUUCUGUGCUGUACUGCUUCUCCAAUGGAGAGGUAACUAUCCACAAACUAGCAGUUACAUGUACUGUAGUCUAAAUGUUAGCCUAACAAAUCAUAAUGGGAAAUAAUCAAUUUAAAAAACACUAACAUAAAUCUGUUAUCUCCAGUUCCAGGCGGAGUUGAAGAAGCACUGGCAGCAAUUCCUGUUCACCAACCAUUUCCAGGUCACGCCCUGUAUUGACUUCCGGGGCGCGCCCAUCAAACACCUGUGGAAGUGCUCCAGAGGCCAACGCCCCCACGGCUCCCAGCAGAGCGAAUCAUAUGAGAAGGGGGGUGGGCAUGCCACACACUCACACCUGCUGCAGGUGGCCUGGCAAGGGGAAGGAGGAGGAGGGGUAGAAGGAGGGGAGGUGGCAGGGGGGAUAGGGAGGGGGAGAGAAAUGGGAGGAUUGGAGUUCCACACCAGGAAGAGUCUGUCAAGUAGUGAUGGAGAGAUGACGCUGGGAGAGACCGUGGAGGAGAUAGUGGCGGAGAGUGAAUUCUGA